CUCACGACCCGAUCGGUUCCUUGCGCGCUCCAAGAACCGCUCGCUCGCUCCCUAAACUCGCUUCAAAUACACACGACGUAUCAUGUCCAGUGCCCUUCGCUUCGAUAACCGAGUUGUCGUCAUCACCGGCGCCGGAGGAGGUCUCGGAAAGGUCUACGCCCUCUUCUUUGCCUCUCGUGGCGCUUCCGUGGUGGUGAACGAUCUCGGACAGGCUGCCGAUGCUGUCGUCGCCGAGAUCACCAAGGCUGGCGGAAAGGCCAUUGCCGACCACCACAGCGUCGAAGAUGGCGACAAGAUUGUCCAGGCGGCUCUGGCGGCCUUUGGCCGCAUCGAUAUCGUCAUCAACAAUGCUGGUAUCCUCCGCGACAAGUCCUUCUCUCGCAUGUCCGAUGCGGAGUGGGAUAGCGUCCACGCCGUCCAUGUCCGCGGCUCCUACAAGGUGACCAAGGCUGCGUGGGACCAUUUCGUCAAGCAAAAAUACGGCCGAGUCAUCAACACUGCUUCGGCGGCAGGCAUCUACGGCAACUUUGGCCAGGCCAACUACAGCUCCGCCAAGCUCGCUCUCCAUGGCUUUACCAUGACCCUUGCCCGCGAAGGCGCCAGAAACAACAUCCAUGUCAACACCAUUGCUCCCCUGGCCGCCUCGCGCAUGACCGAGACGGUGAUGCCACCCGAGAUCCUCAACAGUCUCAAGCCCGAGUACAUUGUGCCUCUUGUUGCCUAUCUCUGCCACGAGUCCACGGCCGAGAACGGCGGCAUCUUCGAGCUCGGGGCUGGCUUUGUUUCCAAGCUCCGCCGCGAACGCUCUCGCGGUGUCGUCUUCAAGGCCGACUCCAGCUUCACUCCUGGAGCCGUCGCCGCCCGAUGGAAGGAGAUCUGCGAUUUUAACCAGCCUGAAUACCCCAACUCUAUUACCGACACCGAUUGGAUGUCCCUGCUCGACAAGGCCAAGCAUCUGCAGACCAACGCGCAGUCGGCCAGCGACCUGAGAUUCGAUGAUCGAGUCGUGCUCGUCACCGGCGCCGGUGCUGGUCUGGGUCGCGCCUACUCUCUUCUGUUUGGCAAGCUUGGUGCCUCCGUUGUCGUCAACGAUCUCGGUGCUCCCGCUGCCGAAAAGGUUGCCCAGGAGAUCCGCGCCGCGGGCGGCAAGGCCAUGGUCGUUGCCGGCUCUGUUGAGAACGGCGAGCAGAUUGUCCAGGCCGUGAUCGACGCCUUUGGCCGCAUCGAUGUCGUCGUGAACAAUGCCGGCAUCCUUCGAGACCGCUCGUUUGCUCGCAUGACCGACAACGAAUGGGACCUGGUCUACAACAUCCAUCUCCGCGGCACCUACAAGGUCACUCGGGCUGCCUGGGGCCACAUGCUCAAGCAAAAGUACGGCCGCAUCAUCAACACCUGCUCGGCCGUCGGUCUCUACGGCAACUUUGGACAAGCCAACUACAGUGCUGCCAAGGCCGGUAUCCUUGCCCUAACCAACACCCUUGCGCUCGAGGGCCAGAAGCACAACAUCAUCUGCAACACCAUUGCUCCCAACGCCGGCACGGCCAUGACGGCCACCAUCCUGCCGCCUGAGGUUGUCGAGGCUCUCAAGCCCGACUACGUCGCGCCGCUGGUGGCCUUCCUUGCCCAUGAGUCCAACACAGAAACCCGCGGAUGCUAUGAAGUUGGCUCCGGCUGGAUCUCCAAGGUCCGCUGGCAGCGCAGCGGCGGCGUUGGCUUCCCGGUCGACGGCCAGCUCCUGCCCGAGCACAUUGCCUCGAACUGGAACGCCAUCACCACCUUUGAUGACGGUCGCGCCCACUGGCCAGCUACGACCCAGGAGUCGUUCACGGCGAUCCAGGCCAACUUUGGCCACACCUCUGGCGCUGCCGCUCCGGCGCGUGCACCCAAGGAUGGCGCCUCCAAGGUCGAUGUGGCCAAGGCCCAGAGCAUCAAGUUCCCCUCGCAGACCUUCUCCUACAGCCAGCGCGAUGUCAUCAUCUACGCGCUUGGUGUCGGCGCUCGGCGCACGGACCUGCCCCUCGUCUACGAGAACUCGGACAAGUUUGUUGCCCUCCCAACCUACGGCGUUGUUCCUGCGUUUGCUGCCCAAUCGGCCGUGUCCUUUGGCGACUUUAUGCCCAACUUCAACCCGAUGAUGCUCCUCCACGGCGAGCAGUACCUCGAGUUCAAGAAGCCUCUGCCCGUCGCCGGCAAUGUUGUGAACCAGGCCCGCGUCAUUGACAUCCUCGACAAGGGCAGCGGCGCCGCUCUCAUCCUUGGCGUCACCACCACCGACGAGAAGGGCGAAGUCAUCUGCGAGAACCAGUUCACCCACUUUAUUCGCGGCUCGGGUGGCUUUGGUGGCAAGAAGGAGAGCCAACGGGGUCCCGCCACCGAAGCCAACGAGGCUCCCUCGCGCCCUGCCGACGCCGUCAUGAGAGAGAAGACCACACCCGACCAAGCUGCGCUCUACAGACAAUCGGGCGAUCUCAACCCGCUCCACAUCGAUCCUCAAAUGUCUGCCAUGGGCGGCUUCGACGUCCCCAUCUUGCACGGACUAUGCAGCUUCGGCAUCGCCGGCAAGCACAUCUUCCAAAAGUACGGAAACGGAAACCCGGCCUCAUUCAAGUCCAUCAAGGCCCGCUUCGUCAAGCAUGUGUUCCCCGGCGAGACUCUGGAGACCCACAUGUGGAAGGAGGGAAACAAAGUCAUCUUCCAGGUCAAGGUGGUUGAGCGGAACGUCGUGGUCAUUUCCAACGCCGCCGUCAUCCUCAACGAUGUCCCUGUCCCUAGCAAGGUCACCGCCCCCGCUACCGCUGGGGCAGCCACUAUCUUUGCCCAGAUCGAGUCCGGCCUAAACUCCCUCUCAGCUGAGGAGAGAAAGACCCAGGUGUCCAAGACCAAGGCCAUCUUUGGCUUUGACAUCACCGAUGCCUCUGGCGCUCUCUCAAACUGGUUCAUUGACCUCAAGCAGGGUGACGGUGCUGUUGGCUCUGGCAAACAAGCUCCCAACAAUGCCAAGAUCGACAUGACCGUGAGCGUCAGCGACAAGGACUUUGUCGAUCUGGCUGCCGGCAAAGCCAAUCCGCAGAAGUUGUUCAUGGCUGGCAAGCUCAAGGUCAAGGGCAACAUGGGUCUGGCAACUAAACUCGAGGGUGUCCUCAAACUCGGUGCUGGCGGCAAGGCCAAGCUCUAAGUAACCAAAUCCACGGGUACACAGAAUACAACACACGAUGCGGCCUUAUCAUAAUCAUUAUUUUCGCUAUACUUUCAAACGACAUACGGAUUUGACUUUCCAAAAUAUAUCCCAGCAAAGUGGGAAGAAUGAUAACGAAA